AUGUCUUCCCGCGACGACUCGUCUCUGGGCGGCUCGCCGCCAGCCUUCGACUCGCAUACAUCUCUGGGAGCUGCUCCUCCCCCGACCUUCGCUUCCUUCUCCCCAGUCACGCUCUCGGCCACGACCCCAUCGAGGAACAGCCGUCGAUCGACCGUCUUAGUUCAUCAGAAGAGCCCGCUGCUCCUGGCCACGCCUCCACAGAUCACGCGCGCGCUCGCCUACAGCCACCCUUUCCUACUUCCACUCAACACAUUUGUCGGGCUUCUAACAUGGAGCACCGGAGACCCUUGGCAGAGCUUCCUAUUGCUGUGCGCCUUCUGGGCCGUCGUCCUCUACGGCGAUGUCGUGCUCAUGCGAGCCGGCCCCAUCGUGGCCUGCAUGUCACUGAUAGCGGGCAUGUACGGCCGACGAUAUAGUCCCUUGAGCAGCAGUGGCUGGACCGAGCCGGCCCGAGUAACCAAAGAGGCUUCUGCUUCCAAGAAGGCUGCGGCCAAUGGCGGUAGCAAUCUGGAAGAGACUCCAAAUGGGAAGCAGUCUGGCCACUCUCGGGCUAGGUCGGAAAUUACAAACACUAAACACCAGAAGACUUUGGAUGAGAUUGUCGACACACUCAAGGAGUUUACUGGCAGAUGCAAUGUCUUUAUGGACCCUCUCCUCGAAAUGACCGACUUUUUAAGCACUCAACGAACCCCUACCAGCGCAACCACCAGGCCAGCGCUCACGGCCAUGUUCAUGCGGCUCCUUAUAGUGACUCCAUUUUGGGUCGCUCUGACCAUGUCACCAUUCAAGAUCAUCACUACUCGACGCGUUGUGCUACUGGCAGGGUCUAUUGUCUUGACAUGGCAUGCCAGGGUGAUGCGAGUUUCGAGAACCAUUGUCUGGAGAAGCGCAACUGUUCGCAGGCUUGCAGGAGCUAUUACUGGUCUACACUUUGAAAGCCCGCCAAAGCCACCACCUACUAAGAAUGGCACAAAUGGAAAGGAAUCACAGAUGAGCAAGGCAUCAUUUCUAGGCUCUUCCAGUUUACAAGUUAGCCGUCGACGAAAGGGUUCUGCAAAUGGCACUAAGAGCGCCGGCGUCAAGUUCACGUUUAUUAUAUAUGAGAAUCAGAGACGGUGGAUCGGUUUGGGGUGGACAACUAAUCUUUUCGCAUACGAACGGCCUGCGUGGACAGAUGAACACAACAACGCCGUGCCACAAAGGGAUGAGUUUGAGCUUCCCGAAGUCGAGGAUGGAAGUCGUAUGAGGUGGCGAUGGGUGGAGAGCAGUAGAUGGCGGGUAGAUGGUGUGAAUGAAUCCGAAGAGCAGGGCACAGUGGAUUAUGAUGGUCCCGAGGGGAAGAAUGGGUGGAUAUACUAUGAUAACAAGUGGCAAAAUGGCCGGCGGGGACUUGAUGGAUGGGGUCGGUGGACGCGCCGCAGAAAGUGGUAUCGUGAUGCCGAACUGGUAGAAGUGGACGAAUCACAACUUCCUCAUGAAUUGGAGGCUACUGAAUCCUCAUCACCGCCUCACACCACAUCCUACAGCACUACCAACGAAAAGAUGCGGGCCGAACCUGUGGUUUCCAAACCAGAUGAAGACCAAGUCGCUGACGAUCUGAAUACAAAGAUUGCAGAUGAUACAAUUUCACUACAUUCAACUACAUCAUCGCGGUUCUGGCCAACCCUACGGAGACGCACUACUGACCGUUCCGGGGAUAGCCUCCGCCUGGACAGUCAGAGACAGGAGAAGCGACGAAGUGGUAGCCAGAGGCCAAGGAGGACGAGCGACGUGGCUAGUGACAUCGCCGGAGAGGAUGAUACAAGCUCAUUAAACAUUUCGGUUGCACUGGAGCUGCAAAAGCAGGGCAAGGAGGGCGGGCAAUGGGGGAUCGGGGACGAAGCGCGCAUGAGUUUGGAAUGA